GGGCUAAGUAUUUUUCUUUGCAAUAAAUGAGAAUAAGCCACCAUUAAUUUUUCAGAGGAGAACAGGCUCAAGAAAGAUUCAAGAGGAACCUUGUACUAUCAUUUAUGUGAAUUAGAAAGAUAAUAUGAAGAAUUCCAAGGCACCGUCUUCAGCAUUUAUCGCUCUCUUGAUACUUUAGCUUCUCUCCCUGCCCCAUUAAUUCAUGCAGCAUUUAAUGGGGUCGGUUUCAAUAUCGCCGGUCAUUCUCAGUUUCUUUCUUUUGACAACUUCGAUUUCCGUAGAAAAGAUCCAUGCUUUUAAAGCGCCGAGAUUCUAUUGACCCAUCAAUUCAUCGCUCUUCUCUCUCUGUUAUAAAUUCUCUGUGCUUUGGCUUUAGAAGCACUUGAUUUUGAUCUUUCUUCCUGUUUCAGUUGAAGAAGAUGGGAAGAGCUCCUUGUUGCGAUAAGCAAGGACUGAAGAAAGGACCUUGGACGCCCGAAGAAGACGAGAUCCUCGUUGAAUACAUCAAGAAAAACGGAUAUGGAAGCUGGAGAUCUCUUCCUAAGCUCGCAGGUUUACCUCGGUGUGGGAAGAGCUGUCGACUUAGGUGGACUAAUUAUCUUCGACCAGAUAUUAAGAGAGGUCCGUUUACGCUCAAAGAAGAGAAGACUAUCAUCCAGAUGCAUCGCAUGCUCGGAAAUAGGUGGGCUGCCAUAGCUUCUAAACUACCAGGAAGAACGGACAAUGAGAUCAAGAACUUCUGGAACACACACAUGAAGAAGCGUCUCUCCCCGAUGGGCUUGGUUCUACAAUCCCACGGCGGGAGCUUUGUUGAGACUAUUGCCAAGUUAGCAGCCCCUGCAAUGACACGCCACAUGGCGCAAUGGGAAAGUGCGAGGCUUGAAGCCGAGGCCCGUCUGUCCAAGGAGUCCUUCCUUAUCCCCAAUCCCAACCCGUCAUCAUCGUCAUUGUCAACCUCCGGCUCCGAGGUAUUAGACCCCUCCGACUACUUCCUUCGGAUGUGGAACUCCGAGGUUGGAGAAUCGUUUCGAAGUUUAAGCAAGCAAGAGCAGCCCAUCAAUCAUCAGGCAUCCAUAUCCAUAAAAUGUGAAUCAGGAUCAGGGUCUGGGGUAACAACAGAAGUGGCGCCCACCGAGGACAUGGAGAGCAAGAGCUGUAGCAGAUCAGAUGGUGAUGGUGGUGGAGGUGAAUGUUCGGAGAUGUCGAGCUCCAAUGAAGUGGCAGAAGAGGAAGAUUCGUCGGAGACAUCGUUGCAUCUACUGCUAGAUUUCCCAGGUCCAGGUAACGAUGAUGAAAUGGGUUUCUUCCAGGGAGAGAUGAUGAUGAUGAUGAGUAAUACCUCUCUCUUCCCCACCUUGUUGAACGAAACCUCGUAUUGACUAGCACACGGAGAUACACAGGAUCCAUGAAUUCUUGUUUAAUUAGGGUCUCCUUUUGUAAUGUGAGUUUUAAGCUCGUUAUUUUGUUUCUAAGGAUUGUUAAGCCUUCCCUGCAACAGGAGGAGGAUGCGAA